AUGGUCAACGGAAAUUUGCGUGUGUUUUUACUUGCGAUUGCUGAGUGUUUUUACUUGCGAUUGUUAGUUAAUGUUCGUGGCCCAACAUCAUUCCAAGCUUUAAGAACAAUUAAUGGUGAACUGUGCGCUACAUAUCGUGAAGCAUGUCAACAAUUAAAUUUGUUGGAGGAUGAUAAGCAUUGGGAAGAUACGCUUGCCGUUUCAGCUGUAAUAGCCAGUUCACAUCAAAUACGAACAUUAUUUACGAUAAUAAUUGCAAUGUGCUCCCCAUCUAAUCCAUUGGAAUUAUGGAAUAAUUUCAAAGAUUAUAUGGCGGAUGAUAUUUUACACCAAAUGCGUCGAGCUACUGCAAAUUAUGAGUUGGAAUUCACUUUGGAAAUUUACAAUGAAGCAUUGAUAAGGAUUAACGACAUUUGUUUGUCGAUGUCAAACAAAUCAUUAGUACAAUUGGGCAUGCCAGAAGUAAAACGUACAAUGCAUGAUAUCUUCAAUUGA